AUGGUGAAGGACAAGAGUAGCAGAAUGAGCUUAUUUGUUGCUGAUUUGGGUCGUGCUUCAAGCAAAGAAGGAAGGGCUGCAAUGUUGAUUUGCGACAUGAACAUAUAUAGGGUGAUGGUCUAUGUGGAACAAGUUGAAAGGGAAAAGCUGAGGAACAAAGAGGAGAAUAGAACCAACAAAGCUAAGACUGGGAAUGAUUAUAGUAAAAUAAAAAGUGGUCCAUGUCGACCUCAAAUUCAUAAAUCAAUGGGGCAUGCACCAUCAUCUGCUAGUGUACCUGCUCCUAGAAAUAGAGGUGAGUAUGAUGGACAGAAUUCGCAGAACUUCAAGGCUAGGCCAAUCUUGUCCCCAGUUGCUCCACAAGACAGGGUUGCACCAAGAGGAGCCACUUGUGGUACUGGCAGAGGGGCAAACUGUCUCUUUGCAAUCACUAGCCGCCAAGAGCAACAGAACUCGCCACAUUUUUUCACGGGUAUGAUCAAUGUAUUUACUUUUGAUGUUUAUGCUUUGUUAGACCCAAGACAAAGUUUGUCCUUGGUAACUCCUUAUGUUCGCAAACUAGUUUCAGAUUCUUCCUGA